AUGGCUAAGGAAAAUCAGACUCUACCUGCAUUCCUCCUUCUGGGAUUCUCUGACCUCAGGGCCCUGAAGGGCCUCCUGUUCUGGGUAGUGCUUCUGGUCUACCUCGUCACCUUGCUGGGUAACUCUGUGAUCAUCCUCCUCACGCAGACAAGCCCUGCCCUGCACUCACCCAUGUACUUCUUCCUGUGCCACCUCUCGGUGGUGGAGCUCCUCUAUACCACACACAUCCUGCCCAGGACCUUGGUUGACCUGGCUUCCCUGCACCCCCGGACCAUCUCCUUCCAGGGCUGUGCAGCCCAGAUGUACAUCUUCAUUGUCCUAGGCAUCUCAGAGUGCUGUCUGCUCACGGCCAUGGCCUACGACCGCUACGCCGCCAUCUGCCAGCCCCUGCACUACCCCAGCCUCAUGAACUGGAGGGCCUGCGUCGCCAUGGUGGGCACCUCCUGGCUCAUGGGCAUCAUCACAGCCACCACCCAUUCCUCCCUCAUCUUCACUCUGCCUUUCCUCAGCCAUCCAAUCAUCCCACACUUCCUCUGUGACAUCCUGCCCGUCCUGAGGCUGGCAAGUGCUGGGAAGCACAGAAGCGAGAUCUCUGUGAUGACAGCCACUGUGGUCUUCAUCAUGAUCCCCUUCUCUCUGAUUGUCACCUCUUACGCCCGCAUCCUGAGUACCAUCCUGGCAACGGCCUCCACCCAGAGCCGCCGCAAGAUCUUCUCUACCUUCUCCUCCCACCUGCUCGUGAUCUUCCUCUUCUUUGGAACAGCCAGCAUCACCUACAUCCGGCCCCGGGAAGGCUCCGCUGUCACCACGGACCGUGUCCUCAGCCUUUUCUAUACAGUCAUCACACCCAUGCUCAACCCCAUCACCUACACCCUUCGGAACAAGGAGGUGGCAGGAGCCCUGCGGCACAAGGUGAAGACACAGGUCUCCUCACCAUGA